AAGCUUAUAGUCAGGUUGUUACGCACACAACCGCGUUUUGACGCGCCCAUAUACGGCGACGCGAUCGGAAAAUGAAACGCGGAAUGUUACGUUUCGAAAAACAUUUUUUUAGGAUGCUUAGGUAAUGUAUGGCUGCAACGCGUGCGUUUACGUUACAUCCUCUAACUUGCAUACAGACUUGUGAAGAAAAUUUUGAUAAACAUGAAAGACAUGAUUUUGUAUUGUUUAGGUAAAGUGGACUUUGUUGACAUAAAGUAAUUGAUCUGUGUGAGUGUCCGAGUGUAUGUAACCUGAUGUGACUUGUGAAAUAACUUCUAAAGUGAAGUGCAAUUAGCUUUUUAAUAACUGAGGACUAUAAGAUACUUAAAAUCGCGAAGUGAACAUCAUUUCAAGAUCUUCGGGAUGAGUUAGAAAAAGAAACAUGUCAUCUAAACGAAAGUCACCACCGUCGAAAUUGCAAGAAGGUGCCGCCGACACAGAGAAGCCUGAAGCCGGCCCUGCCAACCUCGACUUCCCUGACCAUCAGGAGUCAGAUGACAACGAACAGCAUAGCUACUAUAAAUUCUCCCCCAGUUCUUCAACUAGGAGUUCCAUUAGUGAAGAGGAUACGAAUUACGAAGACGAACGACCGUCAAAAAAGCAACGAUUCGAGCAAACAUUAGACAUGACAAAUAAUCUUCUAGUCCCAACGUCUUUUCUAAGUCUGCAUCAAGUGAAUGAUCUCCAGACUCGAAGGCGUGGCUCCUCAGAAUGCAGUAGUCCUGGAGCUGAGGCCAAGGUUUUGGGACUGUGCAACAAUAACAAUUCAUUACUGAAUCACAACAGCGCUUUAUCGUUGACUGCGCCCCAUAAGCGUUCUAUGGAUGACGUUUUGAAGAGGUUAACGUCGAAAAUGAACAAUAGUACGAUUAAGGAAGAGAAAAGGCCUACCCCGUCUACGACACCAGUGAAUAAGAACAACGAGCGACGAGCAGUCCUAGACGCAGCAGCUUUGCAGGCGUUAGCUGGUGAGAGCGUCCUGGAGAAAGAACGACAGCUAUCCGAGAUGAUACUACAGCUGCAGAUGGUGAGAGAACAGCUCCUAGCGCAGCAGGAACAUGCUAAGAACAUAGGAAACGUGACCGCAGAGUUGGAGUUGCAGCGGUUACAGCAGGAACAACUUCGUCGCCAGGAGAUGGUGAGGCGUGGCCAUGGGCUGUACCCUGGACCACCGCUGGGCUUACUGCCAUUGUUGGAGCAAAUGCGGCCGCAACCGCCACAGUCUAAUGCGAUGCAAACAAACCAGUGGCCAGCGACGGCUCAGCUCGCUCAGCUCACAGCCAGCGCCCGCUCGCCACCUCCCCAAGACCCGGACACGCCGCUGAACUUGAGCAAGCAGCGGUCCCCGUCCCCAGCACAGCCGAUGAUGAUGAUGGCCAGAGGCGGCGGCUUCGUGUACCCUCCUAUGGAAGAGUCCCAGUAUAGCAUGCCUAAGGAAGAGGAUUAUAAUGCUACUGGUAAUACACCAUCCUGGAGCCAAUCACCAUCCGAGGAAGCAGAGAAGGCGAAAUUAGUCCGUCAACCACGUCGCGACGAAACCGGCAAGCCCCACAUCAAACGACCAAUGAACGCCUUCAUGGUUUGGGCCAAAGACGAACGCAGGAAGAUCCUCAAGGCAUGUCCUGAUAUGCACAACUCCAACAUAUCUAAGAUCCUCGGAGCCAGGUGGAAGGCGAUGUCAAACGCUGAGAAACAACCCUACUAUGAAGAGCAGUCGAGAUUGUCCAAACUGCAUAUGGAGAAGCACCCUGACUAUAGGUACCGACCCAGACCAAAAAGGACAUGCAUAGUAGACGGCAAGAAGAUGCGGAUAUCUGAGUACAAGAACCUGAUGCGCACACGCCGACAGGAGAUGCGGCAACUGUGGUGUCGCGACGGCGGCAGUGAGCUAGGCUUCCUACCGCCAUCGCUGUCCUCCCCAGGACCUUCCAACUCCUCACCUCCACCCAACGGAGGCAACUACAUGAACCCUGGGUUCUCUCCCCCGCUGUCACCCCGGGAGGACGAUUGAGGAACGGCGCGCGGCUGGCCGUACCCGCACGCCGCGCCCCUUUCCUUACCCCCCUCUCACCAUCCAUGGUAAUAAAUGCAGGCAGUUCUAGACUACUAGAACAUUCUGGAAAGACUUGGAGCAGGAAUCUCUAGUGUUGCCCUAAUCCCCCCUCGUGUGACGUCACAGGGAGGCUCACGUAUAGACGGUAGCUAUUAUUUUGUGAGUUUUUGCCAGUGUCUCAAAUUGGAUCUCUCGUUUACAAAAUACUGAUUAUUAAUAAUGAGAUUAUUCCAUUAGUGAAUUAAGAAACUUCUAGCUUUUGGACACUUUCGCCCGUAUAUUUGAUGUGUGUUGACGCAGUGGUUUUCCCAGUGAAUUUGUUCUGACAAAUUAAUGGCAAGUUAAAUUGAAAAAAAUCUUAGUACAGUAAUGUAUAAGGUUCGUUUGCGUAAGACUUUUAUUUAAUGAUCCAUAUGGUCUAUGCUGUACUAAGAAAUUGAUUAAAUACCUAUAAUUAGAGAAAAUGUUUUAAAUUACUCUUAAUUGAUAAGUAUUAUGCGGGUGUUUAGUUCUCCUGUUAUGUAAAUAUAGCCCUUUUAGGUUCGACCUACCUACUUAUAAUCUAUCAAUGUUUGGACUAGAAUCGUAGAUUUUUGGCACAAAUAGAUAAUCCCUUUUACAAAAGAAAUUGUGCCAAAUGUUGUAUUAAACCAACACAUAGAUAAUUAGAUCAAGAAAUGUAAAUAUCUACCCGUAAGUGAAUCAUUUUAUAUUGUAAAUCUGGUUCUAUCUGGAUGGAACCGGAAUGAAGCGGUUCAGGUGUUUUUUUUUUGUAAAUAAGUAAAAUUCCCUUUGUAGAUAGAUUACAGUAAGUUCUACUCGAAUGUUCGGCUAAUAGGUUUAGUGUAAGAUUCAGAGGUUAGAUUUUAGUGUAAGUCCUAAUAAGUACUUUGAAUCUUGACUAUCGCGUGGCCAUGUAUAAACUUAGUGCGAAGUUCUAUUGUAUCUGCUUUAGACAUAAGCAAUUAAAAUGUAUCAAACCAAAAAUUUGAAGCGGAUUGCUUGAAAAUUUAAGUGUUGUGAACACGGGAACUGUUUUUAUUUUAAAAUCAGUGAGAUAUGCAUAAUGGUUAUGAUAAAAAUACUCAUAGACUUAAUUAAUUGAGAUUGGUAAUAGACCCUCUUAUUGUAAGCAGUUUCAUCAUGAACAUACCUAAUGUUAAAAGAUUAAUCGACAUAGCAAAUUACUAAAAAUGUAUUUAUAAAUCAAUAAAAAAAAAACUAAGGAGAAUUAUAUCAACAACACGUUGAAAACAAAAAAAAUGUUUUUGUAAAACUGUCAAAUUUAAAAUGUUUUGUUUACUGGCAGUAUUGUUUAAAUUGAUUGGUCAAUUGUGAAAUUGUCAAUUUGUUACAACAUAAAGACAUUUCCUUUUAUCGAUUUGUUGUACCCCACCGACAAAUGUGGGAUAAUUUGGGGCUUACAUCACCUAUUGACAAUUACGAGUACAUCAUUGGGUACCAAGUAAAAAAGUACCUAGACGUACUAAAAUAAGUGACUAAAAUUAUAACUCUCUUAAAAGACCUGUAUGGUAUUUGAUUUUAUAUUUUUUAAAUACAUGUGAAUGAAAAAAAAAAGAAAUUUGUCUAAUUCCAACAUGAGAUUAAUUAGUGAACUUGAAUGUAUUAAAAUCUUUUCAAAUAAAGAGUGAUGUAACGCCCAUAACUAUUAUUAAUAUAAACAAAUAUUCGCUUUAUCGAAUCGUGCAAUUUAUAUAAGUAGAUAAUAGUAUCUAAGCUGUAGUAACGCAUAAUAUUAUCUACAUUUUUAUAUAGCUCUAGUAAACUUGUAUAGAUACCUAUUUCGAAAAAAAAUACAUUAAAAAAAUUUUUCAAUAUGACGUUAAUUGCCAUUUUUGAAUUUUGUUAUUUAUUUUUCUAAUUAUAUAAAACUUGUUUUGUUUUAUUUUCGUAUUUUUUUCUUAAAAGCUGUAUGCCAGUAAUGACGUGACGUAGCGUUAGAAUAAUCUUACAGUGUAUGUGAAACUUAAUGUUUAUAAGUAGUGUGUAUUCAUAGUAAAUGUGUAAGGGUUUAGAACAGUGCCGUUAAAUUAUUUAUUUUUUAUGUUGAACUCAUGUAAAUACGCGUAUAUUUUGAUGUAAACGUUAGUAAUUGUGGUUAUUUAAUGAACGAUACUUAAUUUUGGUGUCUCCAUUGUAUGAGUUAGGAUCUCGAACGAGUUUAUUUUAUUUAUUGAAACAGGUGUAAAAAAACAAUUUAUUUGGUAGUACCCACAUAUCUUGCCAUAUAGAGUACCUAUGUAAGUACAGAAGUACUUUUAAUACUAAACAUCACAAUUGAUAUUUUACGUACUUAAAAAAGAAAAUGUUGUUAUUUUUAAUAGUUUUUUUUUAACUUCCUAUUUUCACAAUUUGUUGAUAUUUCCAUUUAGCAUGCCGUUUUACUUAGCAUUCGAAAAUGUUUCAAAUGUGUAAGUACAUAGAGUUUAGGUUCUAUUACCUAGUGUAAACCAGGACACAUUGUUUAAAAUUGUGCCAAAACCCAAAAGUAUAUUAAAAAAUAAAUAAUAAAAAUAUA